AUGGGACAACAAUCGUUGAUCUACAGCUUCGUCGCUCGUGGCACCGUUAUCAUCGCCGAAUACACUGAGUUCACCGGUAACUUCACCGGCGUGGCGGCGCAGUGUCUCCAGAAGCUUCCUUCGUCUAACAAUAAGUUCACUUACAACUGCGAUGGACAUACGUUUAACUACCUCGUGGAUAAUGGACUCACUUACUGUGUUGUUGCUGUUGAGUCUGCUGGACGGCAGAUUCCAAUUGCUUUUCUUGAACGCAUCAAGGAGGAAUUUACCAAGAAAUAUGCUGGAAAAGCUGAAAAUGCAGCUGCUAAGAGUCUGAAUAGAGAGUUUGGGCCUAAGUUAAAGGAACAGAUGCAGUACUGUGUUGAUCACCCAGAGGAGAUUAACAAGCUUUCUAAAGUGAAAGCUCAGGUUUCAGAAGUUAAAGGAGUUAUGAUGGAGAAUAUUGAAAAGGUUCUGGACCGUGGGGAGAAAAUUGAGCUUUUAGUUGACAAGACAGAGAACCUUCACUCUCAGGCGCAAGAUUUUAGGCAACAGGGAACCAAGAUAAGGAGAAAGAUGUGGUUCCAAAAUAUGAAGAUAAAGCUAAUAGUUCUUGGUAUCAUAAUUGCCAUAAUUCUCAUUAUUGUUCUUUCAGUCUGUGGUGGCUUCAACUGUUCUAAAUGA